AUGCUCUAUACUACUCUCGUCUUUUACCUCUUCUCAGCGGCAGCAAUUGCCCUCAAUUUUGAUUGGGAGCGCGAACAGCUCACUAACGAGGAUGCAGCUCGCAAUGACGCAGUGCGCUUUGGUAGUGCAUCACAAGCUGCGGCGCCUGCUGAUUGCAAGAUCAUCCCGGGCGACGCUGAGUGGCCGGGCGAGGAUGUCUGGACCUCUUUUAACGAUACGCUCGGUGGUGUGUUACUGAAGCCUAGACCGCUUGCCAGCGUCUGCUAUACUGGUCAGGGCUACAAUGCAGCGAGAUGCAAACAGUACAAGAGUAACUGGGCGGGCAUGAACCUACAUACCGAUGAUCCCACCAGUAUCAUGUCCCAAUGGGCAUCCGGGAACGCAUGCACACCAACCUCACAACCAAACUCAAACUGUACCCAGGGUGGUUGGCCGGAGUACGUCGUCAGAGCUACUACGUUGAGACACAUCCAACUCGCAGUCAACUUUGCUAGGAACCAGAACAUCCGCCUUGUGGUCAAGAACUCAGGUCAUGACUUCAACGGAAAGUCCAUCGGUGGCUAUUCCCUUAGCGUUUGGACGCACAACCUCAAAGGCAUGACGUAUGAUCCGAACUACACCUCACCGACUGGUUCGUAUACAGGAAAAGCUGUUGCUUAUGCCGCCGGUACCCAGGCUUCUGAGGGGUCUACACUAAUGCGGCAGAAGAAUAUGCUCAUGAUUGUUGCAGGCGGUUCAACCGUAGGUAUUGCAGGCGGUUUUCUCCAGGUGCUCGCCAUCACUGCUGUUACAGCUGAUGGAAGGGUAGUCGAAGCACAUGAAGGGGAAAACGCAGACCUGUUCUGGGCUUUCAGAGGAGGAGGUGGAGGCACGUUCGGCAUCAUCACAUCCGUUGUCGUCAAAGCAUUCCCGGCCACUUUGAUCACGUCAGGCAGUGUUCGUUUCUCAACAACACCAGACCGUGGAUCAAGUGCGCCUCCAAUCUCUGCAGAAACCUUCUGGGCCGGCAUGCGCGCGUACUGGGAGUUCUCGAUCGCCAUAUGCGACGCAGGCGGGCUGGGUUACAGCUUCAUCUACCCAAGCAGUAGUAGCACAGGUCUUACCUUUACUGUCAGUAUUUCGGUUCCCAACAAGACUACCACCGAAUAUCGGCAAUUUGUCCGCCCAUUGCUUCAGAAGCUCAAUGAUCUCGGUAUCCAGCAACCUAUGCCGACACUCAAACGCUCUCUCACGCCAUCUUUCUCGUAUGAAGACGACUCCUCACACCAGGCAUCGCCUCUUUCCAAAAGAGUGAUAGGCGAAACAACAGGCCACACCCUAAUAGCAUCCCGCUUCUUCCCCCGCACCACCUUCUCCACCCCCUCCACACUAGAAACCUCCCACCUCGCCAUCCGCCACGUCGUCGAAAACGGUUCCCUAACUUUCCACGGCAUGAACUACGCGCCCACGCUCUCCGUCUCCGGAAACCCAAACAACAGCGUAAACCCCGCGUUCCGCACCACAGUCCUCCACGCACAAGCCUACGAAUCCAACGCGCAUUGGGACGGCAAAGCACCCAUCUUAUUGCACGAGGCACUGACAGAGAGACACCAAAGACUGCAGGGGUAUAUGCAGGGUUGGCGGGAUGUAACGCCCGGGAGUGGGAGUUAUAUCAAUGAGGGGGAUGCGCAGGAUUGGGAGUGGAAGGAUGCGUUUUUUGGGAGUAAUUAUGAGAGGCUGGCUAGGGUGAAGAGGGCAUAUGAUCCUGAAGGUGUGUUUUGGGCGAUUGGAGGCGUAGGGAGCGAUGAGUGGGAGGUUAGGGAUUUGGAGGGGAAGAAGAGGGAGGGGAUCGUUACGCAGGAUGGGAGGUUGUGUAGGGUGGGUUGA